AUGCCCUACUUAUUACUUCUCUUGAUCGGGGAACUCAUCGCCGCGUACACUGCACCGUUUCUGCACGAUGCUGCUGAAGUUUCACGUUCUGGUUUUUAUAACACUAUAUCAUUAACAGAUGCAACAGAGGUGAUUCGCGAGAAGCGCAACUAUUUCUUCUCACGACUCCAGUUUGGUCGUCAACUGUUAGUCAGUUCAGAUCCGCCGAAUGACUACAUGAAGAAAUGGCUCACCUAUGAGCACAAUCGCUAUCGAAGAAUGGUGCCUGCAUCAGACAUGAACAUGCUGUACUGGUCAGAGGAGUUGGCUGCAUCUGCACAACGACAUGCUGACACCUGUGAUUUUCAACACUCGAAAGGUCGACGUAACAUCGGCGAGAACAUCUGGGCCGCUCCAUUCAGUGACUAUUCCAAUGCGAUUACUCUUUGGUUUAACGAGGUACAUGAUCCACAGUGCGCAUGUAACCACGCCUACAAACAUUGUUGUGGUCAUUAUGUUCAGGUGGUUUGGGCGAAGACGAGUUUGGUUGGAUGCGGUUUCGCAAGGUGUCGUGACGUGCAGGGUUUACUUGGACGAGGUCAUCGUAACGUUUUUGUGUGUCACUACAAUCCACAAGGAAACACUGUUUUCGUCGGUCGAGCAGGACAACUUUAUCCGGUGCCAGCAUUCAAGUGGGCUACCGGCAACAAACAACGCUGUUCAGAUUGUCCUCCGUCGGCACCGGCCUGCUACCAAGGGCUCUGCUAUCGACCUAGUAAUCAGAAACAGUAUAACUACGGUAACGUCACCACUAAGUUGACUGGAGUAUGA